AUGAGCGAGUUCCGGAUCCACCACGACGUCAGCGAGCUGCUGAGCCUGCUGCGGGGGGCGGGCGGGGGCGGCGCCGAGGCCUACGUGGACCUGCUGCAGAGGAGCCGCACCCCCUACGUCAGUCUGGGCCGAGGGACCCCGGUGGGCGCCGCCGGCGGUGACCCGCCGCCCUUCUCAGGAAAGUACCUGAACGUGGUCCGGGAGUGCGGCCGCGACGUCACCUGCCCGGCGGCGGCGGAGAUCGUGUACACGCUCAAGGAGCGGGCGUACGUGGAGCAGAUCGAGAGGGCCUUCAGCUACGCCAGCAAGGUGCUGCUGGACUUCCUGCUGCAGGAGCAGGAGCUGCUGGCGCACCUGAGGUCCAUCAAGCGCUACUUCCUGAUGGACCAGGGGGACUUCUUUGUGCACUUCAUGGACCUCGCGGAGGAGGAGCUCCGGAAGCCGGUGGACGACAUCGCGCCCUCCCGCCUGGAGGCGCUGCUGGAGCUGGCCCUGGCUGGACUCGUCGCUGAGGGUGGCCAGGACAGGCCGGAUGGGUCAGGAGGGGUGCCCUGGACACUGAUUACUUCCAGCGGGAUCGACUUCGAGGGAACCACCGUGGGGCUGGCCCAGGUGUCCGCCAUGUGCUCGAGGUCCUCGGGGGCAGUGAACCAGGACCACCACCAGCACCCCAUUGGCGUGGCGUCCACCAUGGCCCACGAGAUGGGCCACAACCUGGGCAUGGACCAUGACCAGAAUGUGCAGGGCUGCUACUGCCCGGUGCCUGCCAAGGACGGCGGCUGCGUCAUGGCGGCCACCCUCAGCUCCAGUUUCCCCAGGAAGUUCAGUUACUGCAGCCAGGCCGACCUGGAGACCUUCGUGGAGAAGAGCCCUGCAGCCUGCCUGGGGAACCCUCCGGACCCCGACCGGCUGGUGGGCGGCCCCACGUGCGGCAACCAGUUUGUGGAGCGCGGGGAGCAGUGUGACUGCGGGACACCCCAGGAUUGCCAGAACCCCUGCUGCAAUGCUACCACCUGCCAGCUCGUCGCGGGGGCCCAGUGCGCACAAGGGUGGGGCGGGGCCUCCGCUGACGCCCCGCCCCGCAGGCGCCCGGGCUGCCUCCGAGAACUGCUACCGGUACAACAUCCUGCCCGGCUGCAGUGCCACCAGCUCCGGCGGCGGGUGAGGGUCUCCGCUGACCCCUGGGGCAGGGUGCAGGCCGGGUGUGGUGGGGGCCCCCCAACAGGGUCUGGCGCGCUGCGAAAGCCCUGCCUUCCGGGGCGGGCCGGCACCCCCCCAUCCCUGGAGCGCAGCCCCAUCAGCGACCCACAGCUUGUGGGGGGGCUGGGUCCCCUCUGCAGCACCAGGUGCCCUGAGGGGCGCGGGGGCAGCCGGGCAGGAUGGCCCCCCACGUCCCCUGUAUGCAGCGCUGGCAGGUGCGGGGUCCUGUUCUGUGAGGGGGGGCAGAAGCCCCCCGAGCGCAGCUCCUGCACGCUCACCAGCGGCCUGGCCAUCUGCCAGGCUCUGGGCCUGGACGGCGCCGCCUACGAGCCCGUGCCCGAAGGCACCAAGUGCGGAGAGGACAAGGUUUGCUGGCAGGGGGCCUGCCAGGACCUCCGGGUCUACAGGAGAAGCUGCUCCUCCGAGUGCGGCCCCCAUGGGGUGUGCAACCACAAGGGCCAGUGCCACUGCCAGCUAGGCUGGGCCCCACCCGACUGCACCCAGGCGCUGACCCUCACGCGUCCAGCGUACAGAAGCUUCCUGCUGGGUAUGCUGGUGCCGGUGGCGCUCCUGGCCACGCUGGUGCUGGCGGGCGUGGUCAUCCGCCGCAAGGUCCGGAGGAGGAGCGCGGCGCCCAAGGCAGCCUUGGGGCUCUGCAACCCCACGUUCCGAGAAGGGUCCGGCGCUCCGGCCACGGUCUCCGGGGCCCCGGAGCUGGGCACCCCCGCGCAGUUGCGCCAGCCCUACGGACCCACAGCUUCCGCGGCGGCCACCCAGUGGCCACUCCCUGUGCCCUGCCCACCCGCCCGGCCUCCCGCAGUGAUGCUGGCGGAGAUCGUGAAGCUCUUCCGGCCCCGGCUCGUGGACCUGCACAACUACGUCCCCACCUGCAACACGGACCAGAAGCUCAGCAACUGGAGCAUCCUCAACAGGCAGGCCCCCCAGGCCCCACCCGCACCCCCACUCCCCCAGGGCCGCGCCGGCCGCCCCCAGCCUGGGGGCCUGGAGCCCGCCCCCAGGGUGUCGCCUGUGACAGUGGACACUCGCCCCGAGGGUGACAGCCAGCAGUCAGGCCUGGCCCGGCUGGUCCUGCGGCUGCGGCCGGCCACGGGCGAGGCUGAGGCAGCCCUGCUCCGCAGGAAGGUCUUCCACAAGCUCCGCUUCUGCGUCGCCGAGGCCGACAUCCGGAGGGUGGUGGCCAACACGCCCGGGGCCAUUGAGCCCAUCCUGUGUGUCCUGCGGCAGAAGGUGGAGGCCGGGGCCGGCCGGCCGGCCAGCUACGGGCAGCGCACCGGCCAGCAGCUCCAGCCCCCGCGCAAGGCCAGCCCCGGGCGCUGCGAGAGCAGGGCCACUGGCCCCUCUUGA